AUGAGAGCAGUGUUUCAACUAAACAAGGCCAGUCUUUCUGUAAUCGGAUUUAAGGCAGAUGAAGUGCUACGUACCAAAACAAAGGAGAGGUUUAAAUGUGAAGAGCACACUUCAAAGAUUGUCGUCUCAACAGAUGACACUCGGGAUGAUAUGCAUACAGCAUCGUGUACUCCGACCAUCAGCACCUCGGAAAAACAGUCUCAUGCUGAUCCACAAACAGUUUCAGAUCCGUUAUCAAUCACUGCAGAUUAUGACCCUUCAGUUGCCAACUCUGCACUUACACCGUCAAAAAGAUCUAUUCCUGAGACAGUUGAAGAACUCGACAGUGCCCAACUAUCGUCCACCAAGAUAAUAAGGGACAUCAAGCUGGAGAAAUGA